AUACACGCGCUGUGCUGUAAGCCCUCCCUCCUCCGGUGCUGCCAACUAUAUAAAUCACCUCUGUGGGAGUUUGAAAGCAAGUGCAGAGACCCGCAGACUGAAAGCUGACAGAAGCGGACGGCACAAACAGCUGCUGAGAGAAACCACCUGUUGUUCCGACUUCUACCUGCAACCUCCGAAGUCUUCUUCAAAAUGGCCAUGAUGCUGAAGCCAUGGACGGUGCUGGUGGCCGUAGUGCUGUGUGUGCUGGUGUGUCUGGGAACACUGGCAGAUGCCUACCCCCCCAAACCUGAGAACCCUGGUGAGGACGCCCCACCCGAAGAGCUGGCCAAGUACUACACCGCCCUAAGACACUACAUCAAUCUGAUCACCAGGCAGAGGUAUGGAAAGCGCUCAGCUCAGGAGGAUGUGGUUGCAGAGUUGCUGUUUGGUGGCGACAGCAACAGAGACCAGAGAUCAAGAUAUGAUGAUGGCUAUAUGUGGUGAUUCCACCACCCUUCUCCCUCCUCAUUGGGCAUUCCCUCUGGGGGCAUCCCACAAUGCACCUGGAGGGGCCGACAUGUGCCUCUCACCCAUGAUCCCUGAACCCGACCAUCGCUGAAUGCAACAUGAGCUCUCUCUGUCUCUCUUGUCACCAUCUCACAUCUCUCUCAUUACAAUAAAAUUGUACAUAAUUUAGUAUUGAAAUAAAAUAUAUACAUGAGAUCAGAGCUCCUAAUCAGAAGAUGGUACUGUGUCCGUCUGUGUGUGUAUGUGUGUGUGUGUGUAUGUGUGUGUGUGAGCAUUAAUGUCCUCCUACUGUCCAACACUGUUUAGAGGAAGAAGUUCUUGUUUUACUGUCGCUACUGUAAAAAGUAAAAUCAGAAUAAUUAAAUAAAAACUCUUCUGUGUGAUGAAAAUUUGUUGACAAAUGACAAUGUU